UAAUGCAGUUUAUAAAUGUGUUUGCAGUCUUUUACUUAUUCAGUUUUAUUUAGUCUCUCUUUGAUAACAGCAGUAUCUUGUGUGCAGGGCAAGGAGACGACAGAAGAAGAGGAUGAAGUCGCUGUGGGGAUGGACAAAGGCUUCAUGGAGGAAUUCUUUGAACAGGUAGAGGAGAUCCGGGGUUUCAUCGAGACUCUGGCAGAGAAAGUGGAAGAGGUGAAGAGGAAGCACAGCGCCAUCCUGGCCUCACCGAACCCCGAUGAGAAGACCAAAGCCGAGCUCGAGGACCUCAUGGCAGACAUCAAGAAACUGGCCAACAAAAUUCGCUCUAAAUUAAAGAGUAUUCAGCAAACCAUUGAGCAGGAGGAAGGGCAGAACAGAUCGUCAGCUGACCUGAGGAUACGCAAAACGCAGCACUCCACGCUGUCGAGGAAGUUCGUCGAGGUGAUGUCAGAGUACAACACCACGCAGUCGGACUACAGAGAGCGCUGCAAGGGCCGCAUUCAGAGACAGUUGGAGAUCACUGGAAGAAACACUACAAAUGAGGAGCUGGAGAGCAUGUUGGAGAGUGACAACCCUGCCAUCUUUACCUCCGGGAUAAUAAUGGAUAACAUCACCCAACAAGCAAUGAAUGAGAUCGAGACGCGGCACAACGAGAUCAUCAAGCUGGAAAACAGCAUCAGGGAACUUCAUGACAUGUUCAUGGAUAUGGCCAUGUUGGUGGAGAGCCAGGGCGAACUGGUGAACAACGUCGAGCGGAGCGUUCUGGGUGCUCAGGAAUAUGUGGAGGAAGCAAAGGAGCGCAUCCCGAAAUGCAAAAAGUUCAAAAAGACCAACAGACGGAAAAUGAUCCUGAUAGGUGGUUGUGUCGCAGUGUGUGUCUUCAUCCUCAUUAUUUCUCUUGCUGUCGGCCUCAGUUAGGACCCCGAUACAACCGUUUGCUGCUCUAGAAGUGGCUCAAUCAUUUAGUGUCACCAUUGGAAACGAGCACUCAAACUGUGUGGGACUAAUUAAUAUUGUCUAACUGUGUUAUUUUAUAUUGCUCUUGCACAUGUUGUGUUUUUUUUUUAUUUUGCAUGUUUUCUGAAAAUUAUAAAAUGUUGCGUACUUCUCAAAAUUUAGCAAUUAUUCUAAUUAUCAUAUGUGUCUCUGAAUAGUUCAUGGACAGCCAAUCUUUUUCAAAACUUGUGGUUGCAAAGUUUUGAAUAAGCACCAUAAAAAAAAACUUUUUCAAAGGUGAUAAAAUCUAGUAAAACUAUUUUAAGUUUCAGCAAACUCACACCGAUGUGACAUCUUUCCACUUCAGGUAGAGAAACUAUUACCAGCUUAACCCUUUAACUGCUCUAGUGUAACAUUGAUGUGUGUCUCACCACAAUAAAAUAUUAUUUUUUCUUCCUAAAAUGUCAUUUCAAGCUGUCACAACAAGCAGUGGUUAAAAAAAUCUGUAGUUCAUUUGGCUCAGAGAAAAAUCACAUAUUUAAUUUAAUGAAGUAAUUUCCAGACAUUUCCUACUUAUGUAAUUAGUAAAAAAAAAAAUACAGUGAAAUAACAACUUUUCAUAUCUGAGAAAAUUCCCAAAGCGAACACUCGUCAACAGUCUGGUUGCCGACUUCUCCAGAGCCGUCCGUCUCCGCUGGGAUGGCAAAUGUUUUCUGUCCUUAUCCCUCUGCCCCGAGUUGAAGCCAAGAUUCAGGUUUUUAUAAUCACACAAAAAGUGCAGAGAGACGAAGCGCGUCGUGCUCACUCUAUCAUUUUCUGUGUUUCCAUUAGCAGCCAUACAUCUGUUUCACAUUUUCACAUUUGAAGUGUCACAAAAGCAAUCCAUUUAGUUUUUAAAUAUAAAGCCACACUCUGCUGUCACUUAGGCUGCGCCAUUGUCCAUAUAUGGUAAUGGUAUUUCCCUUUAGAGAGGCUCAACUCCAUUGGAUGACUUUGUGUCAGGAAAUCUUUCCUGAUACAAGAUCAGAAAAGACAGGAAAUUAGCUUUUUCCUGAGGAAGU